UACAGCUUCGGUGCCUAAUUUAGAGAGAGAAAAGAAAAACCAAGUGCAAGGGUUAGAGAGAGAGCGGGGUCCUAUAUUGUCCGUGGAAAGCCGGUGGUUUCGAUCGGAUUGAAGCGUGCGUAGGGACGGCAUCCAUGAGCCCUUUCCCCUUCCCCUCCUCCUCCUCCUCCGCUCCACCUCUUUUUCUGAUUCCAAUUUCUUAGAUUGAAACCCUAGAAGUUGAUCAUCGUUUUGGAAAUCCUAGUUUCCAAUCUCAUUUUUCUGUAUAUAUUUCACCUUUUUUUUUUUGGAUCGAUCGAUUGAGUGAUGCGAGUAGGUCUGUUUUCUUGCUGUCUUGGGUGAAUCUGUGAGGAUUCGAGAGAUCGGAGGACUUUUCGCUAUUUUUGCGGUCGCUGGUGUUUUUUUUUCUUUCGGAUUUCUUUUACGUUGUAAAAAUCUGAGUUUUAGGGUUAGGGUUUGAAACCGGGGUGGGGUUUCUUGAAUCUGGCCGCGGCGAUGGAGCCCCGUGUCGGGAACAAGUUUCGGCUCGGUCGCAAGGUCGGGAGCGGGUCUUUUGGAGAGAUCUAUUUAGGUACUAAUACUCAAACGAACGAAGAGGUUGCCAUUAAACUUGAAAAUGUCAAGACAAAGCAUCCCCAGUUGUUAUAUGAAUCAAAGCUGUACAGAAUUCUACAGGGAGGAACUGGGAUUCUGAAUGUGAGAUGGUUUGGUGUUGAAGGUGAUUAUAAUGUCCUUGUGAUGGAUUUACUUGGACCAAGUCUCGAAGACCUUUUUAACUUCUGUAGCAGAAAAUUGUCUCUGAAGACUGUUCUUAUGCUUGCGGAUCAGAUGAUCAAUCGAGUGGAAUUUGUUCACUCCAAGUCCUUUCUGCAUCGAGACAUCAAACCAGAUAAUUUUCUUAUGGGCCUAGGACGGCGAGCUAAUCAGGUGUAUAUCAUUGAUUUUGGCCUUGCCAAGAAAUAUAGAGAUACUACGACUCACCAACACAUUCCAUAUAGAGAGAACAAAAACUUGACUGGGACAGCAAGAUAUGCUAGUGUAAACACUCAUCUUGGCAUAGAACAAAGCAGGAGGGAUGAUCUUGAAUCUCUUGGAUAUGUUCUUAUGUACUUCUUAAGAGGAAGUCUUCCAUGGCAGGGUUUGAAAGCAGGAACCAAGAAACAGAAGUAUGAGAAGAUCAGCGAAAGAAAAGUUGCCACAUCAAUUGAGGCUCUGUGUCGGGGAUAUCCUUCGGAAUUUGCAUCAUAUUUCCAUUACUGCCGUUCGCUACGCUUUGAUGAUAAGCCAGAUUAUCCAUAUCUUAAGAGAUUAUUUCGGGACCUUUUUAUCCGUGAGGGUUUUCAGUUUGAUUAUGUGUUUGACUGGACCAUUCUCAAAUAUCAGCAGUCACAGAUUGCCAGUGCUCCUCCACGUGCUCUUGGUUCUGGUGCCGGACCUAGCUCUGGCUUGGCCCCUGCGGUUGUCAAUGAUAGACAAUCAGCUGGUGAGGAAGGAAGAACAAGUGGUUGGCCGGCAAUGGAUCCUUCUCGUAGACGUGUUUCAGCUCCAGCGCCAGCUCCGGCUCCGGUUACAAGUGCAGGCAGCUUGUCAAAGCAGAAAUCCCCAAUGGGGAAAGAUCCAGCUUCCACUAAAGAUGCUAUGUUAUCCAGUUCAACUUUUUUGGGGCGGUCAAGCGGCUCUUCAAGGCGAGCUGCUGUUUCUAGCAGCCGAGAAGCUGUGCCCAGUGAAUUUGACACAUCUCGGACUCGUACUACAGAGGCAAGCCCUGGGACGUUCCUCAAACUUUCUGGUGCUCAGAGAAGUUCCCCAGUUAGUUCUGCAGAGCAUAAGCGAACUUCAUCUGGUAGGCAUCCAUCUAACAUCAAGAACUAUGAGUCCACUCUCAAAGGCAUGGAGUGUCUUAAUUUCGACGGCGAUGAGAGGGUUCAGUAUUAGUGUUGCUAGUCAGCUGCUGCAGCUUAUGCUUUGUUCAUCUGUAUAAAAAUAUGAUAUUUGAGAACAAUAUGCUCGGCCAUGUUUCCCAUUAGAGUCGAUGUGGGAAGCCGUUGUGAGCUGGCACCGAGGUAACUGCUGAUUUGAGGCCCCAAAGACUGCGCAAAAUAAGAAAGGCUGGUCUAAAAGGAGUCACGACACCUAACCAUGCCACUGCCGUGGUAAGGCUGCUUGUGCGGGUCCUGAGUUAUCGCUACGGCUUCCUUCUGAUGUUAUCCAUGUUAUUUGAUCAUAGUUCUUGGAUCCCUCCCUCCCCCCUAAAUUCUGCAUUUAUCUAUGGUGUUAAUCAUUUAAUGAUACUUGGUUGCAUACAAAAACCAUUUAAUUUUUUUGUAUUUAAUUAACAGUACUAGGACUUCAGGUGUGUUGAACCAAUUACCCAUGCAUCUUUCUGCUUGAGGAUGCAUUAUCUGCAUGCUGGGAGCUCCGUGUAUUUGUUUUCAGUGCUUGAUUCUCGUGCUAUGUUUCGGUCCAUAUUUGUCAAGGAUGUCUGUUCUCAUCGAACCUUGGUGCGAUUCAGCCACUGGUUGCAGAAUUCUUGUUAUUCUUGACCGUCUCAUAAAGGCAUCGUGAAGUUCUUUCAUUCGCUUAAUUUUUUUCAAGCAGAAAUGGGGUUUUGGUGUGGCGGAGGUCUGAUGGUUUAGGGCGUGCCACGGCCCUAUUGUAACAAUGGUUUCAAUUAAUGAAGUUUAUUCUUGUCCGA